CCAAUCCGCCUCCAGAUGGCGACAAAGUCUGUCUAUGUUCACGGAUCUGUAAAUCUCAGCUGUAAAUCACAUAGGGGCAUACUGAAAAAAAAUGCUACUUGUUUUAUGAGUGAAGUGGCCAAACAACAAAUUAUAAUGACGGCAGUAACGGCCUACUGUCCACGAAAUCCCUGGAGCUGGAGAGAGCCAGGCAAGAAUGGGAUAUCAUUGGAGACAAUCCUCACUAGAGACAUAAGUUGCAAGACCUGCUCCAGCCACAUGAAGGCUUCAGACAUCUUCAGCCAGGUUAACGAACCGGCUCCACAAAACAUCUUCAAAGAGAUGAAGUUGGAAAAGAUACGCGAGAGGACUCAGAAACUGAGGGAGGACGUCCUGGAGCAAGUCAACUCGCAGGUGAACGACAAGUUCGAGGAUUACUUAGCUGAGGUAGAACAUAUCGAGAGCGACGUGUUCCAGAAGAAUGGCGACACCACAACGCACUUCAGCCAGAAAAAAACGCCUGGCGAGCUUCCAGAUAAGGUGUUUGUGACAAGAGAAUCACUCUUGACGGAACUUUUGGAGGUGAGCCACGUGCGAAGCAUUUACCACGUGUUUGUCGCUAUCUUAAUCCUCUUCACGCUCAACACGCUCAUACAGGAUUACCUCGACACAGGCAGGCUGGUUUUGGACUUCAGCCUCAUACUGUGGGCGAUGGGAAAGAUUCCGCAGGUCAUGUUCGUGUGGGCCGUCAUGAUGCUGUCAACGAUGGCCAUCGUGUUCUGCACGCUGCAGUUCUGGGCCGGCUCACGCACGCCGCUGAAGACAUGGCAAGCGAGUGACUACUUCUGGUUGGCUAUAUACAUAGUAUAUAUGUGCCUCUUCCUUUACUUCCCCAUGCGCUGGGUGUUGAUAUAUCAAUUGCCUCCGGCAUCAACAACUAUUAUUGUUGCAGAGCAGACACGCUUAAUAAUGAAAACACAUUCCUUCGUGAGAGAGACUAUUACUCGUGUGGUCAACUUCAAGGCGAAAGAUGACGAAGAAACGGAUCAGCAAUUCCCCGACUUCAGCUGUUACCUGUACUUCCUGUUUGCGCCGACCCUUGUAUACAGGGAUCACUACCCGAGGACCUCGAAGGUUCGGUGGAACCAUGUGGCGACCAACUUCGCUGAGGUUGUGGCGAGUUUGAUCUAUGUUUCCUUCAUCUUCACUCGAUUCUGCAUGCCUGUGUUCCGGAACUUCAAUGCCGAUCACGUGAACAUACAGAACUACAUUCUGGCGUCGUUCGGGUGUGUUCUUCCCGGAACGUUGGUGCUGUUCAUCGCCUUCUUCGCAAUCCUGCACUCUUGGCUGAAUGCCUUUGCUGAAAUGCUACGCUUCGGGGACAGAAUGUUCUACAAGGACUGGUGGAACUCUACCUCGUUCUCUGCUUACUACAGGACAUGGAACGUAGUCGUUCAUGACUGGUUGUACACGUACGUUUACAGGGACGUCUAUCACAUCGUUGGCGAUUCGCAUCGAACACUAGCGAUGAUGUUUGUUUUCGUGCUGUCUGCUGUCUUCCACGAGUACAUCCUCACCAUGGCGAUGGGAUUCUUCUAUCCGGUGCUGUUCUUCAUGUUCGCCGGGGCAGGCUUCAGUUUCACUCUUCCUCACUAAGAAGCGUGUCUCGCCCCGCAUGGAACGUCUUCAU